AUGCCCGCACAACACACAGAACAGGAAGAGAACGCGUUUAUGCGAGACCUCCUCCAUGGCCUUGACGCAUCCUUCUUUGACGCAGCUCCCUCUCCCUCUCCGUCCUCCACGAAAUCUCGCCGGCCACCACCAUCACCGCGUCAUGCCUCUCCUGAGCGCCCGCGACACCACGCGCAUCCCCACCCAUUCACCACGCCAACCAAACCUCGCUCCUUAAAGCGUGAUUUGUUGACUACUCCUAAAAAUAAAACUCCACUCCGGUUCAACGCCGUGUACGAUGCGGGCAACAUCAAUGCGGACGAGGUUGUGGCUGGCUGGGACUGGGACGCGUGCUCAGACUAUGUGCCGACACCGCAGAAACCGAAGGCCGAUCACAAAUAUCUCAUUACAACAGCGCCCGAAACGUAUAUUCCAGACCCAUGUACGCGCUGUAUCGUGAUUACCGUGACAGGAGUUUGGCAUCUCGCAACUAGAACCGACCCUGCUCGUGAAGGCCGCAUGGUGACUCUGUGCGACGACUGGGUAAACUCAAAUAUCAUGCCCGGCGACACAAUCAAUGUAAUCGGCGUGUUCUCCUCUGCGGACCCUGAUCUCCCUCCCUCGAUAUCCAUUACAGCUUCCGCUAAUCUUCUGAUCCACCACCCCGACCACCUUCUCACUCCAAGCGCCCUCUCUUCUGCGCCACACUGCACCCGACGUCCCGUCCUCACGUCUCUACUCCGCUCCACGUCACCCUCUACUCCGGUUCUUGUGUAUGGUAAUAUCCUCCACGAGAUUUUUCAACAGUCUCUCCGCUCUGGUCAAUGGGAUACUCACUGGAUCGAAAAGAAAAUAGAUCAAGCGCUUGGUGCUAAUCUCGGUGAGCUGGUGCGUGUGGGCGUCAGCGUCGAAACUGCGCGAAGAGACAUCUUGGAUCGCGCGAAGGGGGUAAGCAUAUUUGGCCAGAAAUACGUCAGCGAUACUCCCAAGCCGGACGCGAUCCUGACGAAUACGCGCGCGUUGCAAAACGAGACUUCGCUGCUUGCGAUAUCACAUCUGCACGAUAUCGAGGAGGAUAUAUGGUCUCCCGCUUAUGGCCUCAAGGGCAAACUCGACGCUUCUGUCGAAGCCGUCAUCACUUCUCAAACGUCAUCUUCAUCAUCGUCUGAUUCCUUAUGUGCUCCGUCCCUAUCGCGUCCGGUGCCCUUCGAGAUUAAGACAGGCCGUGCCACUGCAGGGAUGGAGCAUCGCGCCCAGACGAUGCUCUACACUCUCCUAAUGUCAGAACGGUACUCCACGCCGGUGCAAGAAGGGUUAUUAUACUAUACUCAGAGCGAAGAGGUCAUCUGCGUCCCUGCUGCACGGCACGAGAUACGCGCGCUGGUGAAUGUGAGAAACACGAUCGCCGAUACCGUCGCUCGGCGAUUUCAAAAGGGCUUUAGCCGGCAUCAGGACGAGGAGGAAGAAGGAUCAUUUUUGCCUGAGACGAUCGACGAUGAGAGGAUCUGUGGGCGAUGUUAUUCUCUCGACGCAUGCAUGCUUUAUCGGAAGGCCGUCGAUAAAGUGGAAGAUACUUCCUCACCGAUUGCCGACAUCUAUGCGCUCAAAACCGGGCAUCUCACAUCUGUGCAAGCAGAUUUUUUCAGAUCUUGGGAGCGUCUGAUCGCGCUCGAGGAGCACGACAUGGUGCGCUUCCGCAAGGAGCUCUGGACGAUGGGCGCGCAAGAGCGGGAAGAAAGGGGCCGAUGCUUUGCCGAUAUGGUCUUAGAUCUAGGUGGGCCAGAUCCAGCGGUGCCCAUCAAGUCGCGCGGGAUACACCAGUAUACUUAUCGUUUCCGCCGCCGCGACGAGGUCAAAGCCGGGAGCCUUUUGAGCGGCCACAUGAACGUCGGCGAUGCGGUCUCCGUGUCUGUCGAGCCUCAUCUGCUCGCCCUCAACCGCGGCUUCGUCCUCCAUCUCACGCCGACGCAUGUCCUUCUUGGCGUCGACCACGAGCUCGACGAAGCUACGCUUCGCGAGCGCCUGCAGAGACGAUCGCGUGUGCACCGGACUUCCGUCUCUACGUUAGCUGCUCCCGACUUUGGCGACGCGCCGCAGAUCGUGUUCCGCAUAGACAAGGAUGAAAUGACGGGCGGGAUGGGCCGUAUCCGGGAGAACCUUGCGCACCUCUUUUUCGCGGGGGGAGACACGACGCGGUUGCGGCUCGUCGUCGAUCUCGCUCCGCCUAUCUUCGCUGAACCUUCUUCGUCCACGCUCCUGCAGGACGUCCGGAAUUCUGCGCGCUGUCAAGAGCUGACGUCUGACCUCAAUGCCUCCCAACAACAAGCGAUCGAGAAGGUGCUGUGUGCGGAGGACUAUGCCUGCGUUCUGGGGAUGCCGGGAACGGGGAAGACGACGCUCGUGGCGUGCCUGAUCAAGGUGCUUGUGGAAAUGGGCAAGACUGUCCUCCUGUCCAGCUACACGCAUUCAGCAGUAGACACCAUUCUUGCGAAGCUGAAAGGUGCGGAUUUCGGGGUGUUGAGGCUGGGAAACGUGGAUAAAGUGCAUCCGGAUGUGUUCCAUUUUACGCUCGCAGCGCGGAAGAAAGCGAACAGUAUUGAGGAACUUGAGCGGCAGCUGAUGACCCCGCCCGUCGUCGCGACCACUGCUCUCUCUAUCGACCAAGGAGGCCUCGACGUCUCGCUGUUUCGCCGUCUCUCUGAGGCUCAUCCACAAGCUGUCAUAGACCUUAAUGAACAAUACCGCAUGAACGAACAGAUCAUGCUCCUUUCAAAUCGUCUCAUCUACAGCAAUCGAUUGCGCUGCGGGUCGGCUGAGGUUGCGAACCAGAGUCUAAUUCUUCCCGAUUCGACAUACCUCCACUCGUUGCAUAAGAACUCAUCGUGUCCAGGAAGACAGGAUUGCUGGCUAAAGAAGCUCAUGAAUCCAAACACAAAAGCCGUCUUCGUCGACACAGACCUAGUUCCGGCGUUUGACUCAAGCGUUGGCGACCUCGUCCAGAAUGAAGUGGAGGCAGCCCUCGUGUCACAAGUAGUGGAAACGCUUCUUGAGAGCGGCGUGGGAGAGGAAGAUGUGGGCGUUAUCACGCUGUACCGACAGCAGAUCAAGCUCCUCUCGCACCUCCUGCGUGGGCGUACCGGCAUCGAGAUUCUUACCGCGGACCGUAGUCAGGGCCGGGACAAGAAUUGCAUCAUCGUAUCUAUGGUUCGAUCGAACGAUGAUGGACAGAUCGGUGAACUCGUCAAAGAUUGGCGCCGCAUGAACGUUGCCUUCACCCGUGCACGGUCCAAAUUGGUCAUCUUCGGUUCGCGCAGGACGCUCCAAAACGACUCUCUACUUGCCGAGUUCCUACAACUAAUGGACGAGCAAGGCUGGAUCUUGCAACUGCCAGCCGACGCUCACACCUUUCACCCGCUAUCUUACCACCCAUCUGAGACCCAAGGCAAACGUGCAAGGUCAAACACUGUUCCCUCCAAAGAUCAGGUGCCCAUGCCAGACCUUGACAGCCGCUCAAGACCCGCCAAGAAGGUCAAGACAGGUGGGGACGAAGGUGUGCUGCGAGGAAGGCCUGUUCUGAAAGACUUGGUGAACGAUUCCCUGUGA